AUGGCGAAGAAGAAGGGCGCAAAAGAGGCGGCGCAACCAGACGCUGCUGCCGCGGGCUCGAGUCUGGUCAUCUGCAGGAACAAACACUGGCGCUACAUCUCCUCCUUCCACGGACCAUGGCUCCAACUCCCACCCGAGAUCCUCGACUCGCUCGCGCACCAGAACUACACAAUGCCUGCCCCACGAUUGGUUGAUCCCGCCGUCUUCUACGAUGUUGUCAAGAUCCGCAAGGCCGUCGACGAGGCUUCCCAAGACUCUGUGCGCGCCUCGACCGGCAUCAGCAAUACUGCUAUGAAUGGGCGCAUGGACUACUUCGGCGCAGGUGGGGGACCUGGGAGUCAACUAAGUAAAGAGCGCAUAUUCAAGAUUCGGCAGAAAGCGGUCAAGUUGCUCAGUAAGGCGUUCAUGCUGGAUGAGGUGGCAGCGAGUGUUGCGACAAUGCAGGCGACGUCCACAGUGGAGGAUGUUGCUUCGCAUGUCUUGAAGCGCGAGCCGAAUGGCCCAGACGCGAAAUACGUUCAUUUCUUCCACGAAAAGAUUCCUAGUAGAGCUAUGGAACAGCAUACCCCUCUCGAUCCGCUGAACGAAAUCAUCCACUCGUUACCUACCGAGCAACAGGCCGCGCCCCUUCGAACUCGAGCACUCGUCCAGAUCUUCAAACACCAGUGGGAGGGAGCCGCGAUUGAUCUCACAUGGGCACUGCGGAUCAUGGAGGAUCAGAAACGCCAGCAUCAGCCGAACCAGCAACAACUCGAACUUGCGAGCAAGAUGCGGGAAGAGCAGGAAGCAUGGCAGAAGGGCAACAGGGAUUGGAGAUCAGUACCGUAUCUGAAGGAGGAGCAGCAACCGAAGAGUCUGGAGAUGCAGCUAUUAUUCAACCGCGCUGGAGUAUACCUUACUAUGGCAUGCCAGAGUGUACAUCCGGCGCUCGAUGGUCUCAAGGAGUAUCAAGCGGCGCAAGAGAAGGGCGAGACCAAUGGUGUGGACGCCAGGGCGCACGCUGCGAGACUGGAGGCGCGGAAGAAGGUCAAAGGUUAUGCGAAGCGCGCGCUCAAGGACUACACAGCAUUCCUGGCUCAUUUCGACUACACUCCUGGCCUGCCGUUCGAAAUUACCAACGAGAUCAUGCGUCGAGUCUAUGAUCUUGCCAAUGGCAACAAGAGGGAGACACCGCUACCGAAGAACAGGUUGGUGGAGCUGAACGGAGAUGGAGAGGAGAUCAAUGGCAGUAGUGAUGACGAGAAGGGUGCUUCAUCGGGUGCUGUCCAGAAGUACCAGAAGCCUAAGCCGGAUCCUUUCGAGCGCGGCGAAGACGGCUGGCCACGGUUCCCUUCACCAAAGAUUCACCCUUCGAGCGCCCUCUUCGCCGAGAAGCCACCAGCCGAUCUACCACCCUUUCCUACGCCAGAGACGGAAGAAGCGAUGCGCAACAACGAGACCAUCCACGAAGCUUUCGGCAGCCGAGAAGCCGUAACAUAUCACCCUCUCUUGACAGACGCUCUCCACUCGCUACUACUAGCGCACGCACUACUACAAACGAGUCCAACGGAGCUCCUUCGACACGCCCACAACGCUGCACGUCUUGCGCGCAUCGCCGACGGCUAUCCGAUCUUCCAAGCUGCUCGAAGUCCGGCACGCGCCGAUUGGAUUGAGGUCCUACGUCGCGCCAACAAUUGGGUUGGUCUCUCGGUCCCAUGGCAGAAGCUCUGUGCUCCAGCACCACUGCCAGAAGCAGCGGGCGGCUGGGCAAAGGAGACAGGCUCUGGCGCUCUCGCAAAGCGUCGAGAACGCAAGAAGGAAGACGAGACACCCGAGCAGAAGCGCGAACGCAUCAAGCAAGAAUCCAUCAUCGACGCUCUGAGCGACGAUCGCGUGGUCGAUGAGGAAUCAUUCCAAAAGGCCGUCCGUGCCCGAGAACGCAGAGCGAUGGAGGACGAACAGGGCAUCUCCGGCCCUCUCAAGGACAAGGAUGCCGCCGACUCGAAGUCGACCUCCGAAGCAAGCUCCAGCAACGGCGACGCCCCUCCCCCACCUAAGCGCUGGGCGCAGGACGAGAAUGGGAAGGAGUAUCCGAUUAGUACGGACCGUGCUGCGGCGAUUGCGAGGUGGACCAAGGAGUCUCCGUUGAGUAUGGGCGGGAAGAAGAAGAAGCGCCCGGCGAGGAGGAGGCGUGCUAAUAGUGCGAAUGGAGAUCUCGAGGCUGCGGAUGGGGUUGCGCGUAUGUCGACGGCGGAUCAGCAGGGGGAGGAGGAGGAUGGGCCUGAUUGA